AUGGAUCUCAAGAACACCACCACCAACACCACGUUAGUCCAGCGCUUGGGCAGCAACGAAGUUCGGCUGCUCCGCGUAGAACUUCUGGUCCUCUUCAGCACCUUGGCGUGGAUCCUCCUCGAGCGGUUCGGCUCAUUCCGCCGGCGGUACAGUCACGGCUUCUUCCGCCUCCUCAUAUGGACGGUGUACACACUAUCCACUGUGCUGGCGCCCUACACCGUCGGUCUGCUGCAGGCUGGUCCAUUCCGCGACCAGACGUUCGUCCUCUGGGGCACCAUCCUCCUCCUGAUCCAAGUACACUCUGACUCCCUCUCAGUCUACAGUAUUCAGGAUAUUGAACAGAGGAAAAAGAUGCUAGCGCAGCAAGUGUUGCAGAUCUUUCUGGUGCUAUGGCUGAUCAUCAAUGGUAGUGGUGGCAACAAGAGUUACAGAGCUACCAUAUGGAUUGUCUAUAUUCUCAGCAUCAUUCAGGCAUUCAGAAAGUUUAGGCAUCUAAGUAAGGCGAGCAAAAAGGGGGGUUUGGUGGAGCAUUCUAAAGUGAUUGCUGAUCACAUGGUGAGUGAGCAUCAGCUAGAUCAGGGCAUCAUUAAUCCAACCACGAUGGAGGGGUACAGCUACAUAUUUCACGGGGAAAUGAAACUGGCUUCCCUGCUUCCAGCCGCACCUGAGUACAGAGUUGAAUUAAAAGAGGUGACCAGUGUCAAGUACAUCACCAUUGAUUCUGUUUGGCGAUGGAUUGAGUCUCGCGGCUUCGAGCACAAGGAAACUGCGGAAGGUUACAAGGAUAUUGCGCUCUCCUUCACAUUAUUCAAACUACUGAAAAGGAGAUUCUGUGGCUAUAGGCUCGGUGAAGCUGGCCUUGAGAAGACACUGCAUCUCGUUCUUCACGGACUCCUCUCCGGGGAUGAAGGGAGCUAUGUUCGCACUUUUCAAGUUAUUGAGGAGGAGUUGUCAUUCCUGUAUGAUUUCUUCUAUACAAGGAUGGAAUCAGUCGCACAUACUUUCUUCUUGUCAAUAACUGCUAUAUCAACAAUUAUUGUUUGGAACAGCAUUUCUGGAGCAUUUAGCAGGCACUACCAUCAUACCAACUUGGAACACAGAUUCUUUGGAGCUGAUGUUAUUCGUGGGAUUACCAUUCUUCUUCUUGCCAAUUUAGUUCUGAUAUACCUUAUGAAGAUAUUUGUUAGGCCUCGUAGGUUUGGAAUAGUGUGGAAACUCUGCCUAGAAGUUCCGAAUGAUACUCCCACAAAUCCACAAACAAAAACUGAGACAUGGAGUCCCACAGCAGGAGAGACGUGGGAAAGAAAGCUCGGGCAGUACUCUCUGUUACUCAACUUCGACUAUGAUCCGUGGAAUGCAUUGUCUUUUCUGUCACUAGGCUUGAUCGAGGCUACGAGAAAAGGACAGAAGGCUGGGGAGAAGAUAAAACUGGCAGAUACUGUCAUCGUACACGUCCUCUCUCAGUUCAAAAACAACAAUGGCAAGCUAGAAAAUGGACAAUCAGCUACAAAUCAGCUGGGAAGCCAAUUCUCAUGGGCCUGCACCUUGCCAACACAUAUCCACACGAUCCUUGUAUGGCAUAUUGCCACAACCAUCUCCUGGAACGAGGUGCCGCUGGAGGGCAACUUGGAUCGUCUUGUUGCCGUGAGCCUGUCAGAUUACUGUGCCUACCUGGUAGCUUUUGUUCCGGACAUGCUGCCUGGACAUGGCUACGACACACGGUGCACAUUCGACGCUGUGGUGCUGGAGGCUCAGCAGUGCCUUGCCGAAUGUGAAACUGUGAGCAACAGAUGUGAGAAGCUGGUGAGGGGCUUGGGCGGCAUGGGCGGCACAGGCACAAUCUUAUAUAUGGGAGCCAAGCUUGGGAGGCAACUUAGAGACAUGGUCCCCGACCAAGAGCAGCGUUGGAAGGUGUUGGCCGACUUUUGGGCAGAGUUCAUACUCUUCCUGGCGCCAUCUGACAAUACAGAGAUCCAUGGGGAGAAGCUGUCCGCUGGUGGUGAGUUCAUGACACAUCUCUGGGCGCUUCUCACUCAUGCCGGCAUCCUGGAGCGGCCCUCUUCCUCCUCUGGGAUUAAUGCUCCCACUGCACAAGAUUCUGCGGUCUGAGUUACGAUGUGAAACCUAUGCUGUCUUCUUCUGCUUGUGUCCACUUUGUAUGUUUGUUCGUCCUGUUUAAAGCCCUGUGGUUGCAGAGGCUUGGGGGCGUCAGUGUGUUCGUCAUGCUCAAUAGUUGCGUUCAUAGGUGGAUGUCACAUUGUGUUGCUUGAUGAAGAUUGACCAUAAGUUGAUCUGUAAUAGCUAGCACUGUAGACUUCCUCAUUACAGUUCGUCAUAUCUUCAAAGAACUGAAGCUACUCUUUCUGAAUGCUAGCGGUCUGCUCUUUUUUUGC